AAGGCAGCAGUGGCUGCAGAUGCUGGGAGAUGCUCUGAGGUCGGGAGGGACAUUUUGAAGAAGAAGAAUGGUUCAGCAGUUGAUGCCGCUAUUGCUACUCUGUUGUGUGUCGGUCUGUUUAAUCCUCACAGUAUGGGAAUAGGAGGAGGAGUGGUGUUCACCAUAUACAAUGCAUUUACAGAAAAGGUGGAGGUGAUUGAUGCUAGAGAAACUGCUCCAAAGAAUGUUUCAGCAAAUAUGUUUGACAAAGACCCCAAAAAAGCAGUAUCAGGUGGAUUGUCCAUUGGUGUUCCAGGAUUCAUCCGUGGUAUUGAGAUGGCACACAAUAGGCACGGAAGACUAAAAUGGAGUGAACUGUUUGAGCCUAGUAUAAAAUUGGCACGAGAGGGUGUUAAAGUCGGAAAAGCCCUGGCUGAAGCCAUCCAAUACAAUAUCUCGAUAACAGAUGACCAAACAUUGUAUAAUUUUUUCAACAAUACAAAGUUAAAUGAUAUGAUUAAGUUUCCCGAACUAGCUGACACAUAUGAGACAAUAUCAAAACAUGGGCCAGAUGCUUUUUACAACGGAUCCCUGACCAAAAAUAUAGUAAAGGACAUCCAGCGCGCAGGAGGGAAUAUAACUUUUGAGGAUCUACAGGGAUAUAAAGCAAGGAAUGAGUACCCAUUAAACUUUACUGUGGGGAAUUACACAUUUCAUGUUCCUACUGUUCCAUUUGGUGGACCUGUGCUUGCACUAAUACUCAACAUACUCAGUGUUGGGAAAUGCAGACAUUUUCCCAAAGCAUAUUUCAUGCAGUUUGUGAAUCUUGUUUUACAGUAUGUUAAAAACAUGAUCUCAAAAGAGUUUGCAGAUGAAAUCAGGAAUAAGAUCAACGACAGCACCACCAGCUCAAACAGUGCUUCCUCUUUAUUGGAGGACAGUGGGACAUCUCAUCUGUCUAUCAUAGCAGAAGAUGGAAGUGCUGUAGCUGUAACCAGCACUAUCAAUAAUUUCUUUGGUUCUAAGAUGAUGUCAAACUCAACAGGUAUCAUCUUUAAUAACCAGAUGCAUGAUUUCAGUAAUUCUACAUCAAUAUACAACUCAAUUGAACCAGGUAUAAGACCAAUGUCAUCAAUGUGUCCAACAAUAAUAAUGGAUCAAAUACACAAGCGAGUCAAAAUGGUGGUUGGAGCUUCAGGUGGGAAAAGGAUCACAACAGCAACUGCACUGGUAAUCUUAAACCACCUGUUCUUUGACUAUGAACUAGAUAAAGCAGUUAAUGAGACGAGGAUUUUCAAUGAAUGGGAAACUAAUGUGACUGAGACUGUAGAAGUUGAUUUUCCUAAGCCUGUAAUUGAGGGACUGAAAAAGAAGAAUCAUAUUAUAAGGGUAAUGAACUUAACGUCAGUUGUCCAGGCAACUGUUCGAAUGGAUAAUGGAAGUCUCUGUGCUAAAUGUGAUGACAGGAAAGGUGGCUUUCCUGCAGGAUACUGA